AUGCAGAUGGAUCUUUUUUCUUCAUGGUUAGGGCUCCACUUUGGUAUCCCAUUGUCAUCCACUUCCUUCAGGGUACCUACACCAGUUGCUAUUGGAAUAAGUGCAGCUGUAUUUGCACUUGCACAUCUCACUCCGGGAGAGUUUCCCCAGCUGUUUGUGCUAGAUAUCCCCGAGAACAAUUUAUCUCAUGUACUGUAUGAUCUAUGUAGGCUCUGCUCUGGAUUGUCAUAUGCUCAAACUCGCAACGUUUUAACCCCCGUCACAAUACAUGCUCUCUGGAACUCAGGAGUGAUAUUGCUUCUGACCUUCCUUCAGCUACAAGGGUACGAUAUCAAGGAAUUGCUGCAGACAACCUGA